AUGGUCAAAAAUACCAAAACUCCUGAUGUCAAAGUAUUGGCGGAUGGGAAAGUUAUGAAAGUUCAGAAGACCAGACAGAGGAAGAUUCUAAGUUGUGUUUAUUGUCAUUCUAAGAAGAUUAAAUGUUCUAGGGUUCAUCCAACAUGUAAUAAUUGUGAAAAACUGGGCAUGGAUUGCCAGUAUUUUAUCAAUGACAGAGUCAGUAAAGGAGGUAAGAAUAGGAAAUCUUUGAUUGGUAAUGAAGAUAAUGCCAAUUUUAACAAAAGUUUAAGUCCUGAAGACGAUGAAGAACAGAUAGAUCAACUUGAUCAACUAGAAGAUCCUUUGCAGAAUCCUAUAAUUGAAGUUAACUUGAAAGAUAAGAGUAAUCGAUUAGAUGACAUAACUACCAAUUUCCCCAGUUUAUCUAAAACCUUAUUACAGACACAAAUGCCCAAUUUUUAUGAAGACCAAACUGAUAGAGCCGGUACUCCAUCAGAGAAAGAAGAUCAGUUUUCCUUUGGCAUGAGUUCAUUCACUUUUGCAAAUUAUCAACCGCAAUCACUUGACAUCAUUGAUCGUCACCCUUUAACUCCUAGUAAUAUUAAUAAUGUCAACAAGAAUAGUAUGAAUCAACGAGAUUUCAACAGAACUAACGAAGUAAGGAAUGAAAGAAAUGAACCUUUUAAUCAAAAUAUCAGUUCUACUAACAUAUCAUCAUUAUUUGUAAAGAAUCCUCCAAAUAUUUAUCCACAAGCAAAUGUUCAAAAUUUCAUGGAUCAACAAAGACAAUAUGAAAGGAAUGGCAGUCAUGAUUUCCAUGAUGCUUCCCAAUUGAAUCAAUUAAAUCAUCAUAGAGAUAAAAUUAGUGAUAUUGAAAUUGAAGAUAAAAGUGAUAAUUAUCAACCAAUGGAAAAUACCAAUUCUGCUUCAACUGCCACUUUUGAAUUGAAUCAUCAUUUAGCUCAUACGAAAAACUUUCUUAAUGGGACAAACACUUAUUAUGAUAAUGAAAAUUUACUUGGAGAUUUAGAGAAUCAUCUCCCAAAUUCUAAGAAAAGAUCAUAUGAAUUGAUUGAAAGAUAUGUUAAAUCCGUUCAUUUAUUAUUACCUAUCAUCACCACAUUUGAAGAUUUUGAAAUCGAACAUAAUAAAUUCUGGGAGGAAUGUAAUCCUUAUGAUAAAGAUUUGAAUAACUCCAUGACAGAUUUCAACAUUCUACAAUUUUAUACCUUAUAUUUCCCUAUUUUAUAUGCAUCAACGAUAAGUGAAUUUGAAGAAUAUGAUAAUUUAUUACUUAACCAAGAAAUCGAUAAGUAUUUAAAAGGGUUCAAUAAGAUUUGUCAAUAUUAUAAUUACCCUCAUGGGUUGAAAACCAUUCCUUUACUUUUAGGUAACGUAUUAAUUCAAUCAACAUCACCUAAUCCUUCAACCAUGGAAAUGUCUCAAAUUAUCAGAUACGCCAAAUUCUUACAAAUGAAUAAAGAUCCAGUUAAUUCAUUGAAAAUCAAGAAAUACGAGAUUGUCAAAUUUAGAAGAUUAUUAUGGUGGACGAUAUUUGGAUUAGAUUGUUUGACUAGUCAUAAUUUCUGUCUUGCUCCGGUCUGUAGAUUUGAAGAUUUCAAUGUGCUUUUGCCUGAUGAUGAGGAACCUAUUUAUAAUGAUAUGAAUGAAGUUGUAGGGUAUAAAUUAAAUGUUUCAAUUUUAUCCAUGAACAUUAAGUUCAAAUAUGAUAGGAUUUUGAAUGAACUUGUUCAGUUGUUAUAUAGUGAUGAUAGUAAGAACUUAUCCAUCGAAAAGAUGAAUGAAGUCAAUAAUAUGAUCACUGAAUAUUUCGAAUAUAUUCAUAUUUCCAUCAACAAGUUGAAUUUAUACCAUGAGAAGAAUCCGCCAAAGUCUGUGAAUGAAAACAACUUGGUGAACUUCUUGAAAAAUCAUAGUUGGAGUUACGUUGAUAGAGCUUUGAUGCUUUUACAUAAGAAAUAUCUAUUAAAUGAUAAUCAAAGAAUGAAACCAACUAAGAUCGAAUCCAAACAAUCUAAACCUAUAAAGACUGAAAUGGAUUUAUUAGACCAACCAACGAUCUUCGGAGGUGAAGAAAAGGAAAGAAGAAUGAGUAAUAGUUAUAAUAUCAACCUUACUAAACCAACCAAUGGGAUCUUAUCAUUCAAUGAUUUCGAAAAUACUUUCCAGAAUUUACCUGAAGCCAACCUUAUCCGGAAUUUCAUUCACAGCACAGAUUUUAAUAUCAAUUUAACUUUCAACCAAAACAUAAAUUUCAGUUAUAAGGAUUUAUCCAAUAAUCUUGUUCCUUCAUUAUUACAUAAUCUUAAUGAUUUCUUAAAGUAUAAUGAUUUCUUGAAGUUCGGGAAAUAUAAUUGGUAUGUGAAGAGAACCAUUCCUUUAGACUCCAUCAUCAUGUUAUUCAUUGUUAUCAUUGUCAAGUUCAAACACCAAAACAUUAAAUUCAAUGAAUUGUUGGUUUAUGUUAAACUUAUCAAUAAGUCAUUAUUCAUUUUGAAUAGGAAAUGGUUCAAGAAUGAAAAAUAUAAACGGAUGUUAUCACUAACGAACUUAACUUGGGAACUCAUACUUAAGAAGUUUAAAAUCUUACAUUUGAUCAACAAAUUCACCAAUUCCAACUUUUCAGUGAUUUCAAACUCCAAAAAUAAAAUCUUUAACAAAUAUGAAUAUUUCAAUUAUCAACUCACAGGUUACAUCAACACCACGGAACUAUUUAAAACCAUGAAAGUAGCCCAACCAUUAUUAUCAAUCGAAUUAUCCAAUAAGAUGAACGAUCAUAAAGUUAGAUACUCCAUUACUUCAAGUAUAAGUCCUAUUGAUAACAUCAACAAUCAUAUGGAUUUAUCAAUGUCAAUAGCAACGCCUUUACCUAUAGCUACACCUAAUCCUUUAGAUUUUAUGGAUUCAGCUGCCACUCCUUCAACAUUAAGUAAGAUCCAAAAUACUUUAUUAGGUAAUUUCCAUAAUGAUGAACAAAUGGUAGUAAAUGAUAUGAAUUCGGUAGAGUCAAAUGAAUUAUUCCAGAUUGAAAAUGACUUUAUUGUCAGUAAAGAAUUGUGUGAUAAGUUCCCAGUUGACCACCAUGAAUUGUCAUUACUUAAAUCUAAGAUUGAUUUUGAUUUGAAGAAUAAUUAUGUCGAUAUUAAUGAUUAUUGUGCAUUCUAUAUUUCCUUAGAACAUGUUCUUGGGGAAUUAAUGAGAUUUAUAGGACCCUAA